AUCAAAAUGGGUAACGGUAUUUCUAGAGACGAAAUGAAACAGCUUCAAGAGCAAACUAAAAAUCGUUUGACCAAGAAGGACAUUCAACGUUAUCACAAAUUCUGGCAUGAGCUCUACCCAAGUGGUGACAUGACAAGAGAAGGUUUCAGUAAAUUUGCACAAAUUGCUCUUCCAAGUGCUCCUCCAGAUGCUGAUGUUGAAUACUUGUUCAGAGCCAUGGAUGCUAACAAGGAUGGUACUAUUACUUUCAAAGAAUUCCUCUUCUUCCAAUCUAUCACUGCUCCAACAACACAACCUCUUCAAUUCCAUGAAUUAAUUGAUUUGGCCUUUGAUAUGUACGAUGAAGACAAUGAUGGCUUUGUAACUGCCGAAGAAAUGAGAGACAGUUUAAGGAACAUGUUCAAGGCUAAGGGCAUGAAUGUAAACUCUUCAGAAAUUGAGGGAACCAUCAAUACUCGUAUUGAAAAUCUGCUCAAGAUUGCCGAUAGUAAUGGUGAUGGAAAACUCACCCGAGAUGAAAUUGUUAAGGCUUGCCAAAAAGAUCCAUCUCUCUUGGUCUUGUUCUAAUUUUUUUUUAAAAACAAACUUGUAAAAUCAUGAAUAAAUUAAAUAAUUUCUCUU